AUGGUUCUCUUACUCUUUUUGUUGAAUUUUUUGAAACUUCAAAGACCCAUUGUUAUUCAAGAUCAUGUUACUCAAUCUCCAUGUGCUUGUAUUAGAGUUUCUUUUGUUAAUUUCUGGGAUCAUUCCAUUGUAGUCAGAAAAGGAAAUAUAAAAGACAUCAUAAUCCUGUAUGAAGAAGAUGCAGAGGAAUGGGCUCUGUACUUGAGGGAAGUUUUCUCGCAUGUUGUAAAAACAGAAGCAAUCCUCUUAUAUCGUUUGGAGAGUUUCUCCCUUUGGCAUUUGGAAUUAAUGAGCUUAAAUUCUUACAAAUGUAAACUUUUGAUAUUAUCAAACAGCCUGCUUAAAGACCUAACCCCAAAGAAAUGUCAGUUUCUGGAAAAGGUACUUCAUUCUCCUGAAAGUGUAGUGACUCUGCUUUGUGGAGUGAAGACUUCAGAUCAGCUCUAUAAAUUAUUAAAUAUCUCUGGAAGCAGGUGGGAGAUCUCAACUGCACAGGAGCCUGAAGACUACAUCUCUGUGAUCGAGAGUGUCCUAUUCAGAGGUCAUGAAGACUACCUUGAGUUAAAAAUUCCAGCAGACCUAAGAGUUAACUAUCCUGGGGAAAUAAGCCAGAAAAAGGAAAUUGAUGUCUUGCCGGAAGCUUCCAGAAGCAUCAUGCCACUGGCAAUGGUGAUCCCCACUGAAAUUCCAUGCGAGAAUCCUGGUGAAAUAUUCAUUAUUUUGAGAGAUGAAGUAAUUGUUGAGACUGUGGAGGCUGAAUUUACAUCAAAUAAUAAGUGCAUUAGAACACGACCAGCCCUUUGGAAUCAGAAAGUCUGGCGUAUGAAAGCUUUAGAUUUUCCUGCUGGCUUGGUCAAUGUGGAUGUCUACUGUGAUGGAAUCAUGAAGGCCACAACGGAGAUUAAAUACUAUACCACUGCAAAGGCCAUGGGAUGUCUAUGUAGAGUGGCAGAUCCAGGGGAGGGCUUAUGCCAGAAAUACAUUGAAGAACUUGAUGGUGUUCUUACAUCCGUAUUCAAACAUGAGAUACCAUAUUAUGAGUUCCAGUCUCUUCAAACGGAAACCUAUCCUCAAGAACAAAAUACUCAUUUCGAAGAUCUUCCAACUCUUCUUCACUGUGCAGCAAAAUUUGGUUUAAAGAACCUGGCUGUUCAUUUGCUUCAAUGUUCAGGAGCAACUUGGGCAUCUCAGGUGAAAAAUAAGGAAGGUUCAGACCCAGCACAAAUUGCUGAAAGGUGUGGUCAUAAGGAACUCAAGAAAAUCUUUGAAGACUUCUCAGUCCAAGAAAUUAGCAGAAUUAACGAGGAUGAAAAUGACUAUGAAGAGGAUUUUAUCUCAUUUUCUACAUAUUCUCCCUCCACAGAGAGCCCAGCAUUUCAUCAUGAAAGCAGGAAGACACAUGGGCCAAGUGCAGACGGAACUGAGGCAAUUGGAACAGCAGGGGGAAUACUCGAGAAUGAAUCAGGCAUGGAGGCAGAGCACAGGCUGGCGGAGGCUGACAGUGGGAGUCCUGAGAACCAUUAUGAUGACUUGUAUGCGUUCAUCCCAGAAGUGGAGCCAGAAAAUAAUUCCCGAGAGUCACGCUUGAGCUACAGACCUCCCCUCCCCCCACCACGACCUGUGACUGCUGGCUUCCAACUGGAAAAGCCGCACUUCAUGUUGCAAGGAAAAAUGAAGGAAGGCCAAAUGGAAAGAAGUCAAACCUGGUAUGAUCCUGGUGUAAAACAAGAAAUGGGAGCUGAACCCAAAGGAGAAAAAGAAAACAGAGAGGAUGAACUGGAGCAGGAGGAGGAGGAGGAAGACCCAUACAUCUUUGCUGAAAUUAAUGACUGUGAAUAUGACACGAUCCUGGCCAAUCUGAGUAUAAAGAAAAAAACUGGAAGUCGGUCUUUUAUUAUAAACAGACCUCCUGCCCCCACACCAAGACCCACAAAUGUCCCUGCAAAAGAGGAAACCACACCUUACAUAGCUCAAGUAUUCCAACAAAAGACAGCCAGAAGACAAUCGGAUGGUGACAAGCUCCAUGGUCCUCCUAAGAAACAAGACAGAGCUCGAAUGGAGAGUCCAGCCUUUGCUACCCUCAGUGACUGUCUGGCUGCUGAGCAGGAAGAGCUCAUCGUCCUGCAGGAGAAAGUCAAAAAUGGGAAAAUGUCUGUGGAUGAAGCCUUGGAGAAGUUUAAACACUGGCAGAUAGGAAAGAGUGGCCUGGAAAUGAUCCAGCAGAAAAAACUACGCCAACUACGAGAUUGCAUUAUUGGGAAACGGCCAGAAGAUGAAAAUACCUGUGAUAAGCUCACCAUUGUGCACCAUCCAAGUGGUAAUGAAAUUGCCCACAAUGAAAAUCUGUUGUAUAACACACCCUUCAGCAAUAAGCUUCCUGCUAGACCUCAAGUUGAGAAGGAAUUUGGUUUCUGUUGCAGAAAAGAUCAUUAAAAAAGGUUAUUAUAAUGAAACUCAAGAAUCUGCAGACAUUGUGUUUUCUGCAUGAAGCAAGUUAGCAUUUGGAUUGUCUGCUCUCUCCAUGGCAAAUCUAUACCAUGAAAACAGAAGUAAGACUCUGGAGUUCCCAAUUUGUCAUGGUCACAACUUACUAGCAUUGUUCCUGCUCCAGAUGGGUAUAUCAAUGUUAAAAUAGAAUGCCAAACAACAAUCAUGUUCUUUGAAAAUAUUUGCAUUGUGUAAUGUAUUUUGUCA